CCACAAACAAACUUCUUCCCCUCAAUCUCCAUUAGUUUCUCAUUUCUCACCUGAAAUCUAUUUAUCCAACUAGUUCUUCACUCCAUCUUCAAGAUUGUUAUUCAGGUUAAUUAAUAGAUAAAUAUAUAUACAUAAAAAAGAAAAAAAAAAACAGAUAAAAAACAAAAUGGCUUACAAAUAUAUUAUUCCAUGGGUCAUGAUGGCCCAAUGCUCCAUACUAGUCACUACUAUUAAUGCAGGCAAAGUUCCGGCCAUCAUCGUGUUCGGAGACUCCUCCGUCGAAGCAGGCAACAACAACUUCAUCCCGACGAUUUCCAGGUGCAAUUGGCCGCCUUAUGGUCGUGACUUUCCCGGUGGUAAGCCCACUGGAAGGUUCUGCAAUGGUAGAAUUCCACCAGAUUUCAUUUCCGAGGCAUUUGGGCUUAAGCCAACUGUGCCACCAUACUUGGAUCCAAAGUGUGAUAUAUCAGACUUUGCUGAUGGAGUCUCCUUUGCCUCUUCUUCCUCUGGCUUUGACACCGCCACUUCCAAUUUGCUAGUAAGCACCCUUGUCAACCCUAAGUUUACAAGCCCGAAGAUUUAUUAAAUGAUUCAUUUUGACUUUUCAAUUUUUUUUUUUUUUGUUAAAAACUAUCUCUAUUUAUUGGUUAAAUAAAGAGACUUCACGUCUCUUUUCAUAUGAAUACUCUUUAUCUAAAUCCAUUUAAAGUAAUGCUACAUUUAGCUAUAGAUUGAAAGUGUAUUAAA